GAAGGAGAAGAAGAAGAAGAAGAAGAAGAAGAAGAAGAAGAAGAAGAAGAAGAAGAAGAAGAAGAAGAAGAAGAAGAAGAAGAAGAAGAAGAAGAAGAAGAAGAAGAAGAAGAAGAAGAAGAAGAAGAAGAAGAAGAAGAAGAAGAAGAAGAAGAAGAAGAAGAAGAAGAAGAAGAAGAAGAAGAAGAAGAAGAAGAAGAAGAAGAAGAAGAAGAAGAAGAAGAAGAAGAAGAAGAAGAAGAAGAAGAAGAAGAAGAAGAGGAAGAAGAAGAGGAAGAAGAAGAGGAAGAAGAAGAGGAAGAAGAAGAGGAAGAAGAAGAGGAAGAAGAAGAGGAAGAAGAAGAGGAAGAAGAAGAGGAAGAAGAAGAGGAAGAAGAAGAGGAAGAAGAAGAGGAAGAAGAAGAAGAGGAAGAGGAAGAAGAAGAGGAAGAAGAAGAAGAAGAAGAAGAAGAAGAAGAAGAAGAAGAAGAAGAAGAAGAAGAAGAAGAAGAAGAAGAAGAAGAAGAAGAAGAAGAAGAAGAAGAAGAAGAAGAAGAAGAAGAAGAAGAAGAAGAAGAAGAAGAAGAAGAAGAAGAAGAAGAAGAAGAAGAAGAAGAAGAAGAAGAAGAAGAAGAAGAAGAAGAAGAAGAAGAAGAAGAA